UGAGGCAUAAAAGAAUCCUGGAACGGUUUGGAUUGGAAAACAUCGGAUCCCCCUGCUCCACCCCUCUGCCAUGGACUCAGAGAUACUCCCCACCAGCCCAGAGACACGACGAGGAGGCUGUGAUUGACCAGGGCAGGACGAGCAACGUGGUCAACAUCCACUAUGAGAAGGAGGAGCUGGAAGGCCACCGGACGCUGUACGUGGGCGUGCGGAUGCCGCUGGUGCGCCAGAGCCACCGGCACCACCGCGCGCACGGCCAGAGGCACCGCAGACGGGAGCGCCAGAAGGACGCGCUGCCCGCCGAGCACGGCGACCACUACACCCCAUCCCAGCGGGUCCAGUUCAUCCUGGGCACGGAAGAGGAUGAGCAGCACGUCCCCCACGACUUGUUCACAGAGCUGGAUGAGAUCUGCGUGAAGGAGGGGGAAGAUGCUGAGUGGAAGGAGACGGCCAGGUGGCUGAAGUUUGAGGAGGACGUGGAGGAUGGGGGCGAGCGCUGGAGCAAGCCCUACGUGGCCACGCUGUCCCUGCACAGCCUCUUCGAGCUGCGCAGCUGCAUCACCAACGGCACGGUGCUGCUGGACGCGCGCGCCGCCAGCGCCGAGGACAUCGCCGACCUGAUCCUGGCCCAGCAGGAGCCGUCGCCGGAGUUCGACGAGCGCACGCGGGCCAAGGUGCGGGAGGUGCUGCUGAAGAAGCACCACCACCAGAACGAGAGGAGAAGGAACAACCUGCUGCCCAUCGUGCGCUCCUUCGCCGACGUCAGCAAGAAACAGGACCUGCACCUGCUUGAGAAGCCAGCCCAAACCCUCACACCUCACCCUUCUCCCACCACUGCAGAAGCUAAAAACGGGGUCACCCCUGAGGCCAGUGCCAUGGACCUGAGCAAGGCGGAGCUGCACUUCAUGAAGAAGAUUCCCAGCGGAGCGGAGGCGUCCAACGUGCUGGUGGGAGAGCUGGAUUUCCUGCACCAGCCCCUCGUGGCCUUUGUCCGCCUGACCCCGGCCGUGCUCCUGUCGGGAAUGACCGAAGUUCCCAUCCCAACAAGGUUCCUGUUCGUUCUGCUGGGGCCAGGAGGAAAAGCCCAUCAGUACCACGAGAUCGGCAGGGCCAUGGCCACCACCAUGACGGAUGAGGUUUUCCACGAUGUUGCCUACAAAGCCAAGGACCGGGCUGACCUGGUGGCCGGCAUCGAUGAGUUCCUGGAUCAGGUCACGGUGCUGCCGCCAGGAGAGUGGGACCCAUCCAUCCGAAUCGAGCCCCCCAAAAACGUCCCCUCCCAGGAAAAGAGGAAGGUGCCGGGAGCUCUGGACGAGAGUUCUUCCCACAGCAAGCCAGAGAAACACAGCGGUCCUGAGCUGGAGCGCACUGGCAGGCUCUUCGGAGGGCUGCUCCUGGACGUGAAGCGCAAGGCGCCGUGGUUCUGGAGCGAUUUUCGGGACGGUCUGAGCCUGCAGUGCCUGGCGUCCUUCCUCUUCCUCUACUGCGCCUGCAUGUCCCCCGUCAUCACCUUCGGGGGGCUGCUGGGGGAGGCGACCCACGGCCACAUCAGCGCCAUGGAGUCGCUGCUGGGAGCAUCCAUGACGGGCGUGGUUUAUUCUCUCUUCGCUGGCCAACCCCUCACCAUCCUCGGCAGCACUGGACCCGUCCUGGUCUUUGAGAAGAUUCUCUACAAAUUCUGCAAGGACUACACGCUCUCCUACCUGUCCCUGCGGACGUGCAUCGGGCUCUGGACCGCCUUCUUCUGCGUGGUGCUGGUGGCCACGGACGCCAGCUGCCUGGUGUGCUACAUCACCCGCUUCACCGAGGAGGCCUUCGCCUCCCUCAUCUGCAUCAUCUUCAUCUACGAGGCGCUGGAGAAGCUGAGCCACCUGCGGGAGACCUUCCCCGUGCACAUGCACAGCAAGCUCGACCUCCUCACCAUCUAUUACUGUAAGUGCGAGCCCCCGGCUCGUCCCAGCAACGAGACCCUGCGGUUCUGGCGGAGCAGCGGGAUCGACGUGUCGGGAAUCACCUGGGGAAACCUCACAGUGACCGAAUGCCGCUCUCUGCACGGGGAGUUCCAAGGGCCUGCCUGUGGACACAACGGCCCCUACGCGCCCAACGUCCUCUUCUGGUGCUGCAUCCUCUUCUUCUCCACCUUUGUCCUGUCGAGUUUGUUGAAGAAAUUUAAAACCAGCCGUUACUUCCCAACCAGGGUCCGAUCCACAGUGAGUGACUUUGCUGUGUUCCUCACCAUUGUCAUCAUGGUGCUCAUCGACCUCGGGAUCGGGAUCCCGUCCCCCAAGCUCCACGUCCCCCACAUGUUCAAGCCCACCAGGGACGACCGUGGGUGGCUCAUCAACCCCAUUGGGCCCAACCCGUGGUGGACAGUGCUGGCUGCACUCAUCCCAGCCCUGCUCUGCACUAUCCUCAUCUUCAUGGACCAGCAGAUCACGGCUGUCAUCGUCAACAGGAAGGAGCACAGGCUCAAGAAAGGCUGUGGGUACCACCUGGACCUGUUCAUGGUGGCCGUGAUGCUGGGGGUGUGCUCGGUGAUGGGGCUGCCCUGGUUCGUGGCCGCCACCGUCCUGUCCAUCACCCACGUGAACAGCCUCAAGGUGGAGUCCGACUGCUCGGCGCCGGGCGAGCAGCCCAAGUUCUUGGGGAUCCGGGAGCAGAGAGUCACCGGCCUGAUGAUCUUCGUGCUCAUGGGCUGCUCCGUCUUCUUCACCUCUGUGCUCAAGAAAAUUCCACUGAUCAGGAUCUUGGAUUUCUUCUUGCUCCUAAAAACUCCACAUCUCAGCAGCUGCAGGAACUUUGGUUGUGCUCCCUCUGCCCUGCAGUUCUUCGACCGCCUGAAGCUGUUCUGGAUGCCGGCCAAGCACCAGCCGGAUUUCAUCUACCUGCGCCACGUGCCCCUGCGCAAGGUGCACCUCUUCACCCUCAUCCAGCUGCUCUGCCUCGUGCUGCUCUGGGCCAUCAAAGCUUCCCGUGCUGCCAUCAUCUUCCCCAUGAUGGUUUUGGCUCUCGUUUUUGUCCGGAAAGUGAUGGAUUUCUGCUUCUCCAAGCGGGAGCUCAGCUUCCUGGAUGACCUCAUGCCAGAAAGCAAGAAGAAGAAGUUGGACGAUGCCAAAAAUGAAGCCAAAGAAGAGGAGGAGUCCCAGAAAAUGAUGGAAGCGGCUGCUGCGAAUUCCGUCCAGCUGAAGCUGGGCAAGACCAGCAGGGUGGACACCCCAAAGCCCAGCAGUGACAGGGCUGAUCCUUCUGAGAUCAACAUUUCGGACGAGAUGUCCAAGACCACGGUGUGGAAGGCUCUGACCAUGAACACAGAAACGCUCUGAAUGAGGGAGGAAAGAGGCGCCUCGACGCCCCGUCGGGCAGCAGGAUGUGACUCAGGGAUGUGCCAAGGCAGACACGGAGGAGCGAGCGGCUCGUUUCCCACCGAGGGUCCCACAAAGCCAUGCAGAGUUCCCGUUCCCCGGCGCUGCGCCCCGGGGUGUCCGUGUUGUCCAGCCUCGUGUGUCCGUGUGUGUGUGUGUGUCGUGCAGUGGUGGAGGCUCCGCUACCGCUUCCCAUCAGUUCUAUUUUUUUAAUCUCAAAUUCCUCCUCUCCUUCC